CAGGCCGCCCUGCUGCAUGACACGGUGGAGGACACGGACACGACAUUCGCAGAGAUCGAGGCGCAAUUCGGGGAGGAAGUGCGGCGCGUGGUGGAGGAGGUGACAGAUGACAAGUCGCUGCCCAAGAUGGAGCGGAAGCGGCGCGGGGGGGGUCGCAGCCACCACGCCAGGCUGGUCAAACUGGCCGACAAGCUGCACAACCUGCGGGACCUCAACCGCUGCACUCCGCAAGGCACCUCGGGGCAGCGGCACAGCGGGGGUGGGAGGAGCUCCGGGGCCAGCG